AUGUCUACCAUGGAGAUUUCAGUUAAUCUCACCCAAAAGAUCGAGGCUGAUACCCCUACUCAAAACGGAGACUGGCAAACCCAGAAUGGACUCAACACAGAGACUCUCACUCACGAGCCUGUAGAUGAGCAAACUCAGUGUGAUAAGGAUUCAGCCGUGGUCCACAUUCAGCUAGAGGCUGAGCCCCCUACUCAACGCGGAGACUGCCAAACUCAGACUGGGCUCAAAACAGAGACUCUCACUUAUGAGCCUGUGGAAGAACAGACUCAGUCUAAUACAGUCUCAACAGAGGCUCGCACUCUGAAGACCGAGGCUGAGCCCCCGACUCCACGUGGAGAUGAAGAAAUUCAGACCCCGGAGAAAGCGUCAUUGAUUGACGCCCGACCCAGUCCGGAGACACUGAGUUUCAGACUCAAGAUCACAUGGAAAAGCAGAAGCGCAAUCAGCGGAGUACCAGCUGAUACCUCCCCUGAAGUCCUGGCUAUGAUUCUUCUUGAACGAUGGCAGGAGAAGGAGGCAGAGACCAAGCGCCUCAGAAAAUAUCUCAUAAGCACUGAUAAGGAAAAGACCACAGCACAGGCCCAAGUUAAGAACUUGAUCACCGCGGCUUGUUCCAUCUCCGAGGCAACUGAGGACUCCACCCCAGAGGAUGCGGCUGAGAAGCUCCUCGAGGCACGACAGGUUCUCGACGUUCGGCGUUCCGAGAGCACUGCAAAUUGGAGAGAGAGAUUUAGAACCAUGAAAAACAAAAUGGACCUCCAGAUCAAGACCUUGGCCGAUCCAAUCAAGCUGAUCACAGAUAGCAUGGAUGCUAUCCAGUCCCCAAAGGUCCUGGCCCAGAACCUCACACAAGCUUGGGACCAGGUCCAGGCUCAGAAUGACGAACUUGAACUAGAUUUGAUGACGGCCACGGAUCGGGUCAAACAACUUGAGAUGAAAUUGGAAGCUCAAGCACAGGACGCCAAGUGCCUCGCCAUCGAUGUCGGCGCCUGCCUCGCACCCGAUAUCAACCACUCUGAUGUCGUCGUCGAGCUCAGGUGGUCUUUCGACGACCUCCAGAAGGAGAUCGCGGCAAAAGAAGAGCAGAUUGAGGAUCUUCUGCUCAAGCUGAAGUCUCUGACGUCAUCUCUGGAUGACCUCCAACCCCUCCUUGCUGCCGAGCCCAAGAAGAAAGGCAAGAAGAGGAGCAAGAAACUGCGCCUGAAAUGGUGGAAGAGGGCGCCUGAACAACAAGAGGAGUCCAACAGUUAUCUUGAGAAGUUGCAGGAAGGUCUCAUCAAACAGAAGACAACCAUGAGUCUUCUCGAGGCCAAGAUGACCAUACUGGCGGAUCAGAUAAAGAAGGAGAAAGAUUGUCUGGAAAGACAGAAGGCUUUAAGGGCUGAGCUCCAAAACGACGUCAAACUCCUGCAAUUUGACAACCAAAAGAAAGAGACCCUAAUCCAAAGUCUCCGGGACCUUGUCGAAACCCUGCAGAAGAACUGCUUGAACAAAAACAGGGGCGCUACUCGGUUCCAAGCGAGAAACGCGGCUAAUCAUGCAACCGUUGCCUCAAUGUCAACCAUCAAAUGCGAGGUCCUAGAUAUCAAUGACAUCCUGCCUUUCUCAGGUAACCAGAAACCAGGUGACCUUAGCAACAUGCCUGUCCUCGGCGAAGGCACCUACGGCAAGGUAUACCUUGGUCGCCAUGGUGAUGACCUUCGACCCAUCGCCAUCAAGCAGCCAGUGUUGCAUUCAGGCUACCGCAGGGACAUGCUGCAGCAAGAGAAGCUGCUGAUGAAUGGAAGAGCCACGAAGGAGUCCAUGUUGCAGCAAUUGCUGUCAGGGUCACCCUACUUCCCCAAGAUGAUUGGGAUGGUUACCAUCGGUGAUGACCUCUGCACAGUGAUGGAUUUCAUCGGCAACAAGAAGACUGGCAGGACGUACCCUCUCUACCGAGCCCUGACGCGCCGCUUCAAGUCCAACCCAAAGCUCAGCCUGACUAACAUGCUUCAGGUCUGUGAGGAUAUCAUCAAAGGCAUCAUGGAGCUCCAUCGGGAAGGAUACCUGCAUAACGACCUGAAAUCAAACAACAUCUUGCUGGAGACGCGAGGCCAGCGUUGGCAUGCCGUCAUCAUCGACCUCGGAUUGGCCAGUGCAAUGGCUCACGCCAAACAGAGGCGAUUCUCCGACAAGAGAAGGGCUGAGUACAGAUCGGGAAAGAUUUACACUUACAUGGCCCCUGAAGUUGUCCUGUAUGGAAAGCGCAACUCAGUGGCCUCUGACAUCUACUCUUUCGGAGUCAUCCUCGAGUCCAUCGCUAGAAAGAUCAAGAUCAGCGAGGUGGCGGAAGUGGCGGAGGGCUGCACCGAGCAAGAUCCACUCAAGAGGCCGCACAGCAUGGAGGAAAUCCUCCUCAAGAUGGAAGCGAUCAGUACUUCCUACUGCUGAAGAGGCUAGGAGACGGGAAUGAAGAUGGGAGUAGGAGUGGCCGAGGCAUCACUCAUUGGCCAGGACGUUGGUAACAGAUUCUGGAUGAAUCAAGAAUAGUGCGAACACCACAGCUGAAAGGACCAUCAAGAGACUGUCUUCCUCUUGCGAUCAUCAUUUAAAGA